UGGAUCGGUUAUCGAUUAUAAUUUAGAAUUAUCACCAGAUAUCGACUUCUAGCAUCGUAUAUAAAUCGUAAUUUCCACCAGAUUUCUCAAGUUGUAUUAAGACAAUCAUACAACAAUGCUUACCAAGAGCAUUCUGGCUGUCGUUCUCCUCCUCCAGGUCUGCUGGGCCAUACCCACCAACCUGCAGCCCCGUAUCACCGAUGGUGUUGCAGCCUCUCGUGGUGAAUUCAAAUACCAAGUUUCCAUUCAAUGGGGAAUCCCACCAUUAACUCAAUACAGCCACUCCUGCGGUGGUUCCAUCCUGAACGAAAAAUACGUCUUGACUGCUGGCCACUGCAUCAUGAAAGUUGGAAAAAGUAGGGUUGUCGCUGGCAAAUACGAAUUGAACAAGGCUGAAUCCAGUCAACAAGUCGUGGAUGUUGCCAGAAGCAUAGUCCACAGUGGAUACAAAGGUGGCGUUGCGCAACACGACAUCGCUCUAUUGGAACUGGCAAAACCCUUGAAGCUGAACGACCUUGUCCAACCAAUCACCCUGCCCAAACAAGGAGAGAAACAAACUGGACAAGCUGUCCUUUCUGGAUGGGGAUCAGUCUCUAAAACCAGUAAGCCCUCUAUGCCAAACGUUCUUCAGAAGGCUGUCGUACCCAUUCUCGAUAACAAAGACUGUUACCAUCAACUCACCUCCGGAUCUGUCAUUGGACAAAAGCCUGAAUUGUUCGACACCCAGGUCUGCUCUGGAAAUGCUGGCAAAGAAGUAUCUGCUUGCUCUGGUGACUCUGGUGGCCCACUCGCCCAAAAGGUUAAUGGAAAGUCUGUACAAGUUGGUAUCGUUUCAUGGGGUAUAAUACCAUGUGGAUCUAGCCACAUGCCCUCCGUCUACACUCGUGUUGCCUCCUACGUCGAUUGGAUCCACUCUCACAUGAAAUAAUUUGAUUUUGACUCUCUACUUCCAACAUUUUUUUACAGCAAAAAAUUUCUUCGAUAGCAAAUUUCUAUAGCGAUAAUAAAUAAUACCAAAAAAAAGAA